CCUGGACACACUGAGACUCACCAGGACUCAUCUAGACUCACCUGGACUCAUCUAGACUCAUCUAGACUCACCUGGACCCCCUGAUCACAAGUGAACAUGGAGACGAUGUCAGUGAGCUCGCAGCUGAACAAAAGCGUGAGGCAGCAGUACAUGAACCUGCCUCAGGGGGACAAGUGUCAGGUGACGUACGUGUGGAUCGACGGCAGCGGGGAGGGCCUCCGCAACAAGACCAGGACUCUGGCCCACGAGCCCAAGACCAUACAGGAAAUCCCAGAGUGGAACUUUGACGGUUCCAGCACGUACCAGGCCGAGGGCUCCAACAGUGACAUGUACCUGAUCCCAGUGGCCAUGUUCAGAGACCCCUUCACCCUGGACCCCAACAAACUGGUGCUGUGUGAGGUGCUCAAGUACAACCGACUGCCUGCAGAGACAAACCAUCGCGCUCGCUGUAGGAAGAUCAUGGAGCAGGUGAAGGACGAGAUGAUCUGGUUUGGGAUGGAGCAGGAGUACACUCUGUACGGGACGGACGGACACCCCUUUGGAUGGCCCAAGAACGGAUACCCCAAACCCCAGGGUCCAUACUACUGCGGUGUGGGGGCGGGCUGUGCGUACGGCAGAGACAUCGUGGAGUGUCAUUAUAAAGCCUGUCUGUACGCCGGGGUCAACAUCUACGGCACCAACGCAGAAGUCAUGCCAUCACAGUGGGAGUUCCAGAUCGGGCCGUGCGAGGGCCUGGACAUGGGGGACCACCUAUGGAUGGCGCGCUUCCUCCUGCACCGCGUGUGUGAGGACUUUGGGGUGGUCUCGACCCUCGACCCCAAACCCAUGAUGGGCAACUGGAACGGAGCGGGCUGCCACACCAACGUCAGCACCAAGGCCAUGAGGGAAGAGGGAGGACUCAAGUUCAUCGAGGAGGCCACGGAGAAGCUCGCCAAACGCCACGAGAAGCACAUCCAGCUGUACGACCCCAACGGAGGCCGGGACAACCAGAGGCGCCUGACGGGCCACCACGAGACCUCCAGCAUCCACGACUUCUCCACCGGCGUAGCCAACCGCGCCGCCAGCAUCCGCAUCCCUCGCCACGUGGGCCAGGAGAAGAGGGGAUACUUCGAGGACCGCAGACCCGCCGCCAACUGUGACCCCUACUCCGUCACCAUGAUCCUGGCCGAGACCAUGCUCAUAGACCCGGACGAGCAGGACAAAGAGUACGACUUCGAGAAGGAGUACAUGUUCGACAAAGAGUAGAGCGGGGUAGUCGUAGGAUGUUACUGUAGCUUUAUUUCAAAGUACUGUGAGUGUGUCAUUGUUUACUGCCAUAUCUUGUACAUGUUGUGUAUUUAAAUAUUAUUAAAUUAAAUCUAAAUUGU